AUGGAUAGUUCCAACACCAACCUGAACGGCAAUUCUCAACGUCGAAAACUCACAAAGAAACCUCCUUCUCAUCAUAACCGAUCCUCAUCCGGCGUCGAUGCUAGCUUCGGCUUCGACAACCUCUCCCUCCAGAGCAAACGCAGCACCCAGAGUCUGAAGCGCACCCCAAGCGCUCCGCCCGCGAGGGCAAAUCCGGACGCGUCAAACAACUCGUCUCCCAGAUAUCCCCCCUCCCUUGUGCGAUCAAACCCAUCGCCUCUCCUUGGCUCUUCCGAAUUCUCCCCGUCUUUCCAAAAUUAUCCCCCGCCGCCUACGACGGCCGCGCCCUCCCCGCCUCGAAGUGGCAGACUCUCUGAUCCGCAGAGUCACCAGAAGCCCCUCCUCCACAACAAUACAGACGACUUUGUCGGCGCUCCUUUCGACGGUGCGGCCAUUCUUAACCGCCUCGACGCUUCGAAACUUUCUUCUCCUUCGGCGAAUAAGCCUUCCUUCCCUCCUCCGUUGGUCAAAUCGAACACCGAUACCCUUAUCAUGAGUCCGAUCGUCCCCCACUCGGCGACAUUCGUGUCGGCCGACCCGAGCGCCGCCGACAAGACACAGGACGCAAAGGUGAUCGACGUGUCGGGCUCUAAGAGGUUUUCGGACGAGGCAAAGGAGCCAAGAGUUGCAGUUCUCAGGAAAAAGUCUGGGUUUUCCGGUUUCGUCAGUGGCCUCGUUGGCUCGCCAAAGAAACCCAUCAUUUCAGCACCAGAGAACCCAGUUCAUGUCACCCAUGGUCUCCCGAAAGCAUGGCAGCGAUUAAUCAACGAAAGCGGCAUCCCCGAGAAGGAGAGGCAGGCGAACCCGCAAACCAUGGUGGACAUCCUUCAGUUCUACAAGGAAACCACGGAGAAACCAAAAGAAGAUCAGGUUCUCGAGAAAUUCCACCAUGUUGCUGCGUCCCCAGAGAUGCGCCAGUACAAUGGCGCACCCCCGCCGCCUUAUCCCUUGUCCCCAUCCCACUACCAGCAGCAGAAUUACCUAGGCAUGUCCCCCAUGCUCAGCCCUCCCGCGAGUCCCAGGUUUCCGACAGUCAAUCAUGAAGGAAGUUUUGAAAAUCCUCGAGCACCCCCUCCCGUACCGAUGAAAGGCGCCGGUCCUGUGCCUCCCGCGAAGGAUCCCAACCUCGUCCCUACCCGCCCAGCACCGAAACCGCCAACAAGCAACUUGCAGCAGCCGAGAAGCGUCGGUCAACAGCCGUACCCAACCAAGGACUCGGGGAUUGGCAUGUCUCAAACUGGCGAUGUGCUUCCCCCGGUCUCCUAUGUGCCUCCGAAGGAUAACGUACCCAUGCUUCCUGAGGAACUCCGAUCCCGGUCCAACUCGCGUGUCAAUGGCACGUCACCGUACAUGCCGCAAGGCGCAGGCCCAGCACCUCAAACGACGCAGAAUGCCCAGGCCGCAGCGUAUCAGCAACAGUUGCUUCAGCAGCAUGAACAGGCUUUAGCACAGGCCCAGGCUAUGUCCUCAGGACAGAUCGGCCGAGCUCCCAGCAAGAGGCAGCCCGCCCCGCAGCAGCCUACACCUCCUACGUCACAGCAUCAGUAUGGCCGAACGCCGGACGCAGCCGGUGCGAUGCGGCCUCCUCAAGCUCCCGUAGGAGUAUCGCAACCGCCAGCCGCACGGCCACGACAACGCCCCCGCCAAAGCAGUGGCAUCGAUGUUAUCGCGGCACUCAGGCGUAUCUGCUCCGAGGAUGAUCCGCGAGACAUAUAUCGGGGAUUCAAUAAGAUCGGACAGGGAGCAUCUGGCGGAGUCUACACGGGUCACGAGAGGGGGACUAAUCGUCUGGUUGCUAUAAAGCAGAUGAACCUAGAGCAGCAACCCAAGAAGGACCUCAUUAUUAACGAAAUCUUAGUUAUGAAGGACAGCUCGCACCCCAACAUAGUCAACUUCAUCAACAGUUAUUUGUGUGGAGGCGAGCUCUGGGUUGUCAUGGAGUUUAUGGAAGGUGGUAGUCUAACGGAUGUUGUUACGUUCAAUAUGAUGACGGAGGGCAUGAUUGCGUCUGUAUGCCGCGAGACACUCAAGGGUCUGCUGCAUCUACAUUCGAAGGGCGUCAUCCACCGAGACAUCAAGUCUGACAAUAUCCUCCUGUCCAUGGAAGGAAAUAUCAAGCUGACUGAUUUCGGUUUCUGCGCAACCAUCAACGAUGCGCAAAACAAGCGAACUACAAUGGUUGGCACUCCGUACUGGAUGGCACCCGAGGUAGUGACACGAAAGGAAUACGGACAAAAGGUCGACAUCUGGUCACUUGGCAUCAUGGCCAUCGAGAUGAUUGAGGGCGAACCACCAUACCUUACGGAAUCUCCUCUCCGCGCACUGUGGCUCAUCGCUACUAACGGGACGCCACAAAUCAAGGACGAACAGAACAUGUCCGACGUGUUUAGGGAUUUCCUGUACUGGGCCCUUAAGGUGGACCCCGAGAGACGAGCCAGCGCCAACGAUCUGUUACGACACGAUUUCAUGAAGCAAUGUGUCGACUUGAAACAUCUUGCACCGCUAGUCAAGGCUGCGCGUGAAGCACGCGCGCAGGAGAAGGCUCGGAAAGGAGGGCAGUAG